UCCGAUCUACACCUUGCUCAUUUCUUUCCAACCCCACCCCACAGCCCACACCCCUACUCUGCAGCUAUAAUAACUACUGCUAUUCUUCUCCUUAUUACACACCUACAAACACUAUUUGUGCAAUGCUUUGUUCAUUGUGUCAUCUCUAUUAAUGGAGUCGCUGUCCGAGAAUGAAUGAAUGAAUGGAUGGAAAGCCUAAGUCAACCCUUACCAUUUGCACUUGUCUCAGGAGAAUAGAUUGUUGAUUGAGGGGAGCAAAGGUGUUUUGAAGUAAGUGAAUGUUUAAAUAUUUGUAACAGAGUGGUUUGAGUAGAUUCGUCUCUUUUCUUUUGUUGUUUUUGCUUGGGGGAGAAAAGGAGAAGUAGAGUGAUUAAGGAAGAGUUUGAGAUCAAGUUUGUUAGGAAUGGAGUCACCAUCAAAAAGGGCCAAGGCCCCUGCAAUUGUUGCUCGUUGCUUGGUGGAUGGAUGCAGCGCUGAUUUAAGCGCGUGCAGAGACUAUCACAGGCGGCAUAAGGUCUGUGAAGCUCACUCGAAGACACCUAAGGUGACGAUUGGGGGUCGAGAGCAGCGCUUUUGCCAGCAGUGCAGCAGGUUCCACUCCCUGGUGGAGUUUGACGAGGGAAAACGCAGCUGCAGGAAGCGGCUUGAUGGGCACAACAGGAGGCGGAGGAAGGCCCAAACUCGAAUGGAGGAAAGGGUCAUGUCAUGCAGCAGCGAGCCACAGAUAGUAGCUGGUAUGAUGGGAUACCCUUGGUCCGGGGAUGAAAUAGGAGGCGCGUUGCAGCAGCAGCAGCAGGUCAGCUACUUGGAGACAGCAGCAGGUGCAGGUCAUCAAGUGGGAAGCAGCAGCUCCUCAGCCUUUGUAUCACCAAAUGUGAUGAUGGAGUGUGAUGGUGCUCUCUCUCUUCUGUCAUCGCCGCCUCCCACCAUCGACUAUCAUCAAACCACCUUGCAUUUUCCUCACCAGAAUGUUGGAUCAUCCCAUCAAACUCUCUCUUUCAUGUGGGACUAGCUGCUCAUUGACUCUGUCAAUUAUCAUGUGUGUUCAUCAACUUUUAAGCUUCAACCUCUCUACAAUAGAGAUUAGAGAAUGAGAAUAACUGUACUUGAACUGGAUUAAUAUUCUGCACUCAUUCUUGGCUGCAACUAAAUUAGAGAACCCCUCUCCUUUUUGCCUA